CACUUUCAAGGCCUCCUCGAUCGAUCGAUCGAUCGAAUUGAUCGAUUAAUCUCCUCCUCCACCAACCAAUAAUAUAAUCCAGUUGUCUCUGUUGGCCGCUCGUUGCGACCACGCCACUACAGUCGGGGCAACCAUGGGUGCUUGUGCAACCAAGCCCAAGACGCUCGAGGGAAAGGCUCCCGAGGAGGCCACUCCCAUUGAGGCAGCACCCAAGGUUGCCCUUGAGACCACAAUGAUCUCCAAUAAGGAGGUUGUGGCUGAUCAAGCACCUGAGAAGGUAGUGGAGGAGGCCACCGCGAUGGCAGAGUUACCACCAAAUGAUGAUGCCAUUGUCAUGCAAGACAAGGAGGAGGAAGUUGAAGAAAAGAUCGUCGAGGAGGAGAAGCCUUCAGCCCCAGCUGCAGAGGUGAACAAUACCGAGGUGGUCGAGGAGACCAUAGAGGUAAAGAACACCGAGGUGGACAAGGGGACCACAGAGGUGAAGAACUCCGAGGAGGAGAAGCCAAUUCAGAGCUGAUAAACGACCAUGUAAAUUCGCUCCAUGAUUAUAUAUGCUCAUCCUUAUGCGUGUAAUCCAUUAGGGUUGGCAUAUAUAUCUAGUUCCAUGUGACAUGGAUGAACCAUGUAAUCUUUGAUGUCACCCCUUUUUCCUCCACGGGAUCUUAAUGAAAAACAAUGAACAUAUGUCGACCAUCUAA